CGGGAACGGUGUCCAAGGAGACGAUGGCGGAGCCGAGGCACGAGUAAGGCAAGUGCGCCGCGAUUCGGCUAAUGCUUCCAAGCACCGACAUAUACAUGUGUCAGUCAUAAUAGCGCCAGUCCGCGGACACAGGAAGACGCCAGGAGCCAAGUAUCGUAAGAGUCAUGCUUGAAGCUGCCAAGGAGGGCGUCGCAAUGAGACUGAGCAAUACCCACAAGCCUCAUCGGGGUCAACCGUUGGACGGCAAGCCCCAUCACAACAUGAAGGAGGCUUGACCAUCUGCCAAGGUAGGGACGGGUGGAUAUCACUGUUACCGGCCCCUACACCCUCUGUUUUCAUGUGACGUAGCUCUGCGCGAAUGGUCCGGGAAGUAGAUGUGCCGGAGCCGGCCCAGGCCGCCGCCCAGCGGGGAGGCAGCGGGUGCCGUUGUUCAUGACGACGUGGGCAGGGGGCCUGAAGCGGUUCGCCAGACGCAAGCCAUUGAACAUACGCACCACAGAGCAUGACCAUCAUCUCCAUAACAGACGUCGACCUGUUCGAUGGCGUUGGCAUCAAGCACGUGCGCAACCAGUGCUUCCAGGCGAGCCCCGGCAAUGUCCUGGAGCCCAGGUCGUCGCCCGACGUGGUCAUCGACGGCUCCGGUUGCACGUUGAUGCCUGGCCUCAUCGACUGCAAGGUCGAUAUUGAUGCGUGUCCGAUGGCGCUCCCGUCCUUUGCCGCAUGCGGCGUCACAACCGUCAUAGACCUGGUCAGCACAAGCGCAGAGAACCAAGCGAUGCGCAGAGAGUCCCGGCACCCGAAGAUGCCUAGCUACCUCGGGUGCGGAUGGGUCCUUGGGCCCGAGACGGUCGCCUCAGAAGGAUUAUUUUCCUUUCGCGCCGUACGGGUCGUGAGAACGCCAGCAGAGGCGACGCGUCUUGUGGAGGAGCUGAUCGCGGACCCGGCACGCGCCGACUACAUCAACGCCAUCGCGGACCAGCCGGGCUUGGACUCGGACACUCUGGAAGCCACUGUCGCCGCGGCACACCGGCACGGGAAGCUGGCUAUUGCUCACACGUCGCAAACUAAGGCGUACGACGCGGCGCUGCUCGCCGGCUUCGACAUCGUCACAGGCGUCCCCGUCGACGGGCCUUUACGCGCGGAGACGGCGCAGGGGUUCGCGCAACGAGGCAUCGCCGUCGUUCCCACGCUUUUUUUCGUCCAGAAGGCGCUCCAGGACGAAACGACUCGCAAUGGUCGCAACUUUGGCCACGCCGUCGCCGCGGUGAGGCAGCUGUAUAGCGCCGGCGUCUGCAUCUGCGCGGGCACGGCUGCUUACCAGCAUCGCAGCACGGGCAUCCCGUUUGGUACCAGCCUUCUCGACGAGCUGGAGCUUCUGUCGCGAGCGGGGCUGUCGAAUCUUGAUGCCCUUCGGUCCGCCACAUUCGUGCCCGCAAGCGUGUUUCGGCUGCACGACCGAGGCAGCGUCGACCGCGGCAAGAGGGCAGACCUCGUGCUCGUCUAUGGUAGUCCACUGUCCGACUUGAACGCGAUGAGAAGGAUCCGGCAGGCUUGGAUCGAGGGAGUGGAGGUUCAGGUGGAGAUGAAAUUGGAAGUGAAGGCCGAGGCCGAGGCCGAAAGCAAGGGGUAAAGGAGGACUCACGACCUUUUAACAUUGGCCCUUUGCCGGGCGAGCGUCCUGUAGCACAUGCCCGGCUUUUGCGUGAAAUUUCUUAGGCAUAGUCCUCAUUAUCAAAGGAAAAGAUGAUUAAAGGGAACUGCGUUGUCUCUACCGCCCUGCAUGGCCGCACAUCAGCGUGUGGUUGCAGUUUUCUCUCACAACCUAUCCUCACGCACACGAUCUCGAGU